AUGGCGAAUGAGGAAUCUGUUGCUUUGGGGCCAUAUGGUGGUUCAGGAGGGGAAAAAUGGGAUGAUGGAACCUACAAUACCAUAAGGGAAUUAGUUAUAUACUCCGGAGAGGAAAUUUAUUCCAUCCAAGUUGUCUAUGAUGAUAUUGAAGGAAAGCCAGUAUCGAAAUUAAGGCAUGGUGGCAACGGCGGAUUUCCAAAUAUGGUGAAAUUAGACUAUCCUACCGAGUACCUCGUUUCGAUAUCAGGGUGCCACAGUUCCGUAUCUCCUGUUGUGAACUCUCUUACAUUCCAAAGCAAUAUAAAACAAUAUGGACCAUAUGGUAAGGAAGGGGGAACUCGUUUUGAAUCCCGGUUAGAUUCUGGCAAGAUUGUUGGAUUCUUUGGAAAUAAGGGUAAUGUUUUGGAUUCGAUUGGGGUAUACAUUAAGCCAAUCCAAGCUGCGAUACCUGUGGGUCCAUUUGGAACUACAGGUGGACAACAGUGGGAUGACAAAACCUAUAGUACGAUAAGGAAAUUAAUUAUAUACUCCGGAUGGGUAAUUGAUUCCAUCCAAGUUAUCUACGACGAUUUUGAAGGAAAACCAGUAUCUGGACAAAAACAUGGUGGUGAUGGCGGACAACUAAGCACGGUCACACUAGAGUAUCCAGAUGAGUUUUUGGUUUCAAUUUGGGGGUACUAUGGACAAGUAGGUACCAUGGUAGCUAUUCGGUCACUUGGAUUUCAAAGCAACAAAAAAACGUAUGGACCAUUUGGUGUGGAGGAUGGCGAGAAAUUUGAAAUCGCAUCCAUUGAUGGCAAGAUUAUUGGAUUCCACGGAAGGUCUCAUGAUUAUCUUACUGCAAUUGGAGCACAUUUUGACAAGUGAAGAUAAAAUUGAGACAAUGAUCAUGAGCCACCUUUAACUAGUCUUUUAAUCAUUAAUAAUUUAGCUGUACUUGCAUUUGAUGCAGUUAUAAUAAGGGAUGCUUUGUGUUGUCCUUAAAACUUAUUGAAAGUGGUUAAGGCAAUACAAUUUGGAUCAGUGUGUGUUUUUGUGUCAUUUGAAGUAAUUUUCAUGUUUUCUCAUGUGCUAAGCCAUAAAGUUUGGGUUGGUUGUUGUACUUGCAAAAGAAGAAUC